CAUAAUCAGUCGACUCAAACCGCGAACGGCGUCUCUGUGCGACACGCCGGAGUGUUGCUAUAGCUGAAAAACAGUUUAAAAACGAGAAUUAACUGUCGGGCUGGAAGAUAAACGUGCAUGUAUUCAUACCCCAACGGCCAGUAGCUACGCACGUGUAGCUUUAAUUCACAAACCGACCCACAGCACAUUUUGUUAAGUUGUGUUAGCAACAGCGGCAUAACCGAACAAGACGUCGAACCUGCAGGACGCAGGAAGAUGAGUUAUGGAUAUGGCGGUGGAGGAGGGAGGCGAGGAAGAAGAGGGGGUCGAGGUAACAGGGAUGGCAGCAGGGAAAGAUGGGACAGGGGAGGAGGUCCAGGGGGACACGGCUCUGACUUUGACCAGGACCGAGGUGGACAACGCGACCGGCCUCCCCCACACCUGAAGGGCCGCGAGAUUGGUCUGUGGUACGCAAGAUACGGAGCCGUGAGGAGGAAACAGGCGGACCGGAGAUCGCGAGCAGUGGUCCAGAUGGAUGAGGCCAGAGAGCAGCACAUAACAAGGCUGCUUAACUCGGUCCAGAACGACCAGUCUGGUCCAGGCAGAGAGGGCAGGAACGCAAGAGCCUCUACGUCUGACAGCUGGCAGUCAGCUGCCAGUGGAAGUGGUCACUGUUACUUUGAUGGGGAUCUGCCUGAAGAAGAAAAAUUGAAGAUUGAGAUUGAAUCAGAGAAUGAGGAGGAAGACGCUAGUCUGGGUCAGAACAAAGCUGCUCAACAAUCACGAUACUUUUCUUCAAAAGCCAUUAAAGAUGAACCUCCAGACAAUUGGGAUGUUGAUGAGCAUGAGGGGGAAGACAAGAAAGAGAAUCUUCGAUUCAAAGACAGGGAUGCUGAGUUUUUGUUUCACAAGGUAGUCCAAGAUCAUUCACUGGAUGACUACUUAAAGAAUGAUCUGCAGAGCAAGACAUCAAACCCACAAUACAAAGAAAUGAUGAAAUUCAGGGAAAAACUACCAUCCUACUCCAAAAAAGAGGAGCUUGUGGAACUGAUCAACUCUAACCGUGUCCUUGUUGUGAGUGGGGAAACAGGCUGUGGAAAGACCACUCAGGUUACCCAAUUUAUCCUAGAUGACUUCAUCUACAGAGACAUGGGUUCGAUGUGCCGGGUAGUCUGCACACAGCCUCGUCGCAUCAGUGCCAUUUCGGUAGCAGAACGGGUAGCAUCAGAGCGAGCAGAAAGUGUAGGGAAUGGGAAUUCCUGUGGUUACCAAAUCCGCCUGCAGAGUCGGUUACCACGGAGACAAGGUUCGAUCCUGUACUGCACAACAGGCAUUAUUCUUCAGUGGCUUCGUUCAGACCCUUUGUUGUCGAGUGUUACCCACCUGGUGUUGGAUGAGAUCCAUGAGAGAAACCUCCAGUCAGAUGUUUUGCUGGUCAUUGUGAAGGACUUACUCAACACCCGGGACGAUCUCAAAGUCAUCCUUAUGAGUGCUACCCUCAAUGCUGAAAAGUUUUCGAGAUAUUUUGACAACUGUCCAAUGAUCCAUAUUCCUGGUUUGACGUUCCCAGUGGAAGAGUUCCUUUUGGAGGACAUUGUAGAGAUGACCAGGUAUCGUCCUCAAAAUCAGGACCGUCGACACUCGCAGAGGAGAGGGUUUUGGCAGGGUCGCCACUCCAGAGCUGAAAAGGAUGAGAAAGAAGCUGAAUACAAGGAGUCCUGGCCUUCCUAUGCUCGGACUCUCCAGGGCAGAUACUCUGACAAUACGAUUGCAACACUGGAGAUGCUGGACAGUGAUGACAAGAUCGACCUUGAUCUGAUUGUGGAACUGAUUCGGCACAUUGUGCUGAAUGAUCAUGAAGGAGCUAUUUUGGUGUUCUUGCCUGGCUGGGACAACAUCAGCACUUUAAAUGACCUGCUCAUGGCCCAGCAGAUGUUCCGAUCAGAGCGGUUCGUUAUCAUCCCCUUGCAUUCCCUUAUGCCUACUGUUAAUCAGACGCAGGUGUUCAAAAGGCCUCCUCCUGGAGUUAGAAAGAUUGUUAUUGCUACUAAUAUCGCUGAAACCAGCAUCACCAUAGAUGACGUAGUUUAUGUGAUAGAUGGGGGGAAGAUAAAGGAGACAAACUUUGACACCACCAACAACAUCAGCACCAUGGCAGCUGAGUGGGUUAGCCUGGCCAAUGCCAAACAGAGGAAAGGUCGUGCUGGCAGAGUGUGUCCAGGGAAGUGCUAUCAUCUGUACAAUGGUCUCAGGGCCAGCCUACUGGAGUCCUAUCAGUUACCUGAAAUUAUGAGGACACCACUGGAGGAGCUCUGCCUGCAAAUCAAGAUAUUGAAGCUUGGGUCUAUUGCUCGGUUCCUGGAGAAAGCUUUGGACCCUCCUACUGAAAAGGCUGUAAGUCUAGCCAUCAAGAACCUCAUGGACCUGAACGCCCUGGACCAUUCGGAGAACCUGACAGCUCUGGGUUUCCACUUGGCCCGUCUGCCUGUAGAGCCUCACAUCGGCAAACUCAUCCUGUUCGGAGCUCUGCUGGGCUGCCUCAGCCCCGUACUCACCAUCGCUGCUUCACUCAGCUUCAAAGACCCUUUCUUCAUACCCCUGGGUAAAGAAAAAAUGGCAGACAUGAGGAGAAAGAUGCUGUCCAGAAACUCCAAGAGUGACCACCUCACCAUUGUCAAUGCCUUCCAGGGAUGGGAGGAAGCAAAACAGCGCGGUGGCAGGUAUGAAAGGGAUUACUGCUGGGACAACUUCCUGUCUGCCAACACACUCCAGAUGCUGCAAAACAUGAAAGGUCAGUUUGCUGAACAUCUGUUGCAUGCAGGCUUUGUCAGCAGCAAGGAUCCUAAAGACCCCAAAUCUAAUGUCAACUCUGACAAUGAGAAGUUAAUCAAAGCUGUUAUUGUAGCCGGUCUGUACCCCAAGGUGGCCAUGAUCAGACCAUCUCACAGCAGAAAGAGACCGGGGGUCAAGGUUUACACCCAGGCCGAUGGCAAAGUGUGCAUCCACCCAAAGUCUGUCAACGCCGAAGAGACAGAGUUCAACUACACGUGGCUCAUCUACCACCUGAAGAUGAGGACGAGCAGCAUCUUCUUGUACGAUUGCACCGAGGUGUCCCCGUUCUCGCUGCUGUUCUUCGGAGGAGACAUCUCCAUCCAAAAGGAUGAGGACCAGGACACCAUCGCGGUGGACAAGUGGAUCGUCUUCAGGUCGCCGGCGCGCAUCGCUCACCUCGUCAAGAGUUUAAAGAAGGAGUUAGACUCUUUGUUGGAGGAGAAGAUCCGUGCGCCGGCUCCUGUGGACUGGCAAAACCGUCAGUCCAAAGACUGUGCAGUCAUCACAGCCAUCAUAGACCUCAUCACCACACAGGAGAAACCUACGGGCGGCAUCAAGGGUCAUGACCGAGCGUGGGCCAAUGACCGGAGAGGACAACACAUUCACUUUGAUGAUGAUGAUGAUGAUGAUGACAACGAUGACUAGAUAUGGCCAGGUUUUUGUCUGGCAGUGAGGAAAGGGAGGGAGACGAGUGAUGCAGAGGUUAGUUUGGGUAAUUACGAGUUGCUUCUGCUUGGCUCAAAAGAAACAGUACUGGAAAAUGCACUUGAAUGACUCAUUAUUUUUUGCCUUCUUGGUCAUUAUCCUGCGAGGACCGAUCCACAUUUCAAUACACUCAGUAGCUAAUUUGUUCAGGGUUCAGCUCGUGUUUUUUGGAGUCAUUUCUGUUUUUCCACUUAUUGCACUGUGCAAUAAAUAAAGGUUGUGUCAUUAAAUUAAA